GUCUUCCCUGAAGGUCCGGCAUCGGACAACGCCAUCGCAGGGAACAGCAUCUCAGGCAACGGCGCUUGGGUGACACCUUGGUCAGCAUGUCCCUGCACCGCUAUAUCGCUGGUUUCCUGUGCUGCGUCCUACAGAUGAGCAGCUUGGUCGGCACCAACAGUACCCAAUCACGGAGUCCCCUGAGGCUGCCUGACGAUGUGGACAUGCGUCAACUCCUCAUCCUGGCGUGCCAUAUGGAAAACCAGGAGACAUACGCACGUCUCAACGGAACACUGAUCUGCAAUGCCACGUGGGAUACCGUGACGUGCUGGCCACCUGCUCCUGCUGGGACUCUGGUGCACAUGCCCUGUCCUGGACAACUCCGCGGGAUCAGAUACGACACUUCAAAAAAUGCCACCAAGAUGUGCUACGAGAAUGGCACCUGGGCAAGAAAGGCGGACUACAACGGGAACUGUCGCCCACUCGUGGACAGUCAUACAGCAGAGAGCGAGGAAAUGAGACAGUGGGGCCGACACUUGGAAAAUGCCAAGCUACUGAACAACGUCGGCCAUGCAGUGUCUCUCUUCUGCCUUGUCAUCGCUUUUGUGCUGUUUGGAUACCUGAAGAACAUCAGAUGUACGCGGAACAAUAUCCACUGGAACCUGGUGGCAACCUUCAUCCUCAGAAACAUCUGCUGGUUCAUCAUGCAAGAAGUGGUCAAUGUCGAGACUGUGCUAGACAAUAGCUGGCACUGCAGAGUGGCUGUCACCCUGUUCAACUACUUCCAUGUCACCAACUUCUUCUGGAUGUUUGUGGAGGGGCUGUACCUGCACAUGAUGGUGGCACAUGCCUUUGGUACCGAGCGGAUCAAGUGCUGGAUGUACGCUGUGAUUGGCUGGUGUGUCCCUAUUCCAAUCAUCCUGUCCUGGGUGAUAGUGAUGUCACUUCUCCAGGAUGAAAGAUGCUGGGUUGACUCCACAACUGGACAGAACUCUCACUAUGACUUCAUCUACCACGGACCUGUCAUCAUCGUCUUGUUGGUAAACUUUGUGAUCCUAGGGAAAAUUGUGAGAAUACUAGUGCUGAAGCUUCGAGCACACCCGAACUCACUGGACACAACACACUACAGUAGCUGCACUGCAGAUGACAUUGGCACCACACGUCGAGCAUCAAGGGCCUCUUAUAAAGUACAUUUCAGCAUCAAGGCAGUGAAGGCCACAGUGGUGUUGUUGCCACUCCUGGGGAUCACAUACAUGCUGUUCUUCAUCCACCCCAGCGGCAGGGGAACGUCCAAAAUCUUCUUCAGAUACUUCAACUCAUUCCUCCAGUCAUUCCAGGGAUGCUUUGUGUCUGUCAUCUACUGUUUCUCCAACACAGAGGUGCAGAAUGCAGUACAGCGCAGAAUAGAUAGAUGGCGCAACCAGCAACAGUGUGCUCACAACAGCACCCCAUCCAAACAGAUGGUUCUCGCAGUUUUCACAGCAGCUUCACAAUCGACGGUUGACAAGAACGAGAACACAAAAGCAUCUUCUACUUGUCAUGCAACACAGGUCAAAAGUAAUGUCAGAGACUCCAAAAAGCCUGUUAUUGAAGAAGCGUAAAGUCCACGUCAUGACAGACAAAAUAGGACCAAGAAGCAGCAGUAGUAGUAGAGUCAUAUGGUGUAUUACAGCACUGUUUGGGGUUAUACCGCCCCUUAUGGGGUGGCUGCGGUGGCAUACCUUCUUGUAGCUGAAUACAAGAUGGGGAUGUGCCAGGUCUCCUGUCCGGGUGAAUGAUGUAAAUCACUGUGUGAUUUGAGGAUUUGCUCCAUCGCACACUGGGGCAUGCCCCUACUCUUUUUUUUUAAAGAUGUGGUAGGUUCAAGAAAGACAGAGAAUAAAUUAGAUAAUCCACAUAUAAGUGAAGAGAAGAGAUAUUAAAAAAAAUUAAGUAAAGAGAAAAAAUGCCAAAGAAGAGGACUUGGACCAGAUAGAUUGGACUCUAUCAGAUAGAUUGGUUGAUGGUCACUGUAGACAGGACUCUUAAUCAGUUAAUGUUUGUGAUAAUGGGAAAAAUUAUCAAAGGAUCCACUAAAAAGUGGUCCCAUUGGCCAGGUGGUCCUUACAAAGGGUGGUCACUUGUGCAGGUUUGACGUUUUCUGUAUGUGCCUUGAGUAUUCGGACCCUGUACACUACUAUGUGGUACACCUUGUCCUGUUACCUAAAUAUAUUAUAUAGUUGUCAUUAGCAAUGGUGUAUAAACCUUUGGACAAUUGUAAUAUAUAAGGAACCCAUAAACAUGGUGGACGAGAUUUUAAAAGAAAAAGAAACAAGUAUUUGUUUAGGGCAAGGAAAAUAAAAAUGUAUUCAACAGCCAAUGUGCCAAAUAAAGAGGAAAGAAGUCUCUGUAAAAUGCAUGCUGAAAGCUUGCCACCAUCUAUGUAUAUAAGCAUAUCAACACUUAGUUUAAACCUCUAAAUGUUUGUAAAGAUUGUAUAGAUAUUGAUACAUCUGACAUUGAAAGGUCAGAGGAAUAAGACUUACUUCACGACAUUCCAAUCUAUGUACAGGAAAAACUAACCCAUAUACGUUUUACGCAGCACUCUGUUAUACAUAUUCAUAUUGCAUGUGUGUACAGUACUCAGUACAUAUAUGGAUAUUCACUUUUAAUGUUAGAAAUGUUAGGAUUGUGAACCAUGUCGAAAUAUUCCAUGAAUCCAUUUGAAGUAAAAAGAACAGAGAAACUAUGUAUUUUGAGAUCUAGAUUUGAGAUAUUUGUAAGGUCCAGUCUAUGAUAUAGCCCUGUGUCAUUUGUACAUGAACAUAUAAAGAUAUAUGACUGGAGGUUAUGUCAAAUCAUGAUAGAAAAGAGUUGUUAAUAGUGCUGUACCGUCGCAACUACUCUACAUAGAAUAUCGUCGUACGUUUUGCCUGACAAUUGUAAAUAGUACUACAUGUAUCUUGUCUACACCUAUAAUGUUGAUAAAUACAACUUAAACAUUGGAUUUCAACAAUUCCAUUGUUAAAGGCAAUUCCAUUGUUAAAGGCAAUCAUACUUACUUAGAUUGCAAAAAAAUGUGUCCAAGGAGGUGCCUCGAGCACGUAGACAGUCUCAUUACUCAGAAUGGCUACCUUCUGGCUGCAAUAAUAGCCAAGGUGAAUAACACCUCGAUUUUAAUAAUGCCUCCACCCUGGAGGUAUUGCCAAAAAAUACACAUUUUGACCUGCAACUUU